GACGCGCCCAAGAUGGCGGGCGGUUUGGGGUGGUAGGGCGCGCGGAGGCGAAGCGCGGCCGGGCAGGGGCAGGGCCGGGCGCGUGCCGGGACGCUCCUUUCCCGACCAUGAGCAACAUCUACAUCCAGGAGCCCCCCACCAACGGCAAGGUUUUACUGAGAACAACAGCAGGAGAUAUAGAUAUAGAAUUAUGGUCAAAAGAAGCACCGAAAGCAUCUCGGAAUUUCAUCCAGCUUUGUAUGGAAGAGUAUUACAAUAACACAAUAUUUCACAGAGUAGUGCCUGGCUUUAUAGUUCAGGGAGGUGAUCCCACUGGUACUGGAACAGGUGGAGAGUCAAUCUAUGGAGCACCUUUCAAGGAUGAGUUCCACUCACGGCUGCGAUUUAAUCGAAGAGGACUUGUUGCUAUGGCAAAUGCUGGGCCCCAUGACAAUGGGAGUCAAUUUUUCUUUACAUUGGGCCGUGCAGAUGAACUUAAUAACAAGCACACAAUCUUUGGAAAGGUUACAGGGGAUACAAUAUAUAACAUGUUGCGUCUGGCUGAAGUAGAAGUUGACAAGGAAGAGAGACCUCUCAGUCCACACAAGAUAAGAAGCACUGAGGUUUUGUUUAAUCCUUUUGAUGACAUUGUUCCAAGACCAAAUAGAAAGCUGAAGAAGGACAAACCAGAAGAAGAAACUAAAAAGUCCAAAGUAAAAGGCACAAAAAAUUUUAACCUGCUUUCCUUUGGGGAGGAAGCUGAAGAAGAAGAGGAGGAAGUCAAUAGAGUUAGUCAGAGCAUGAAGGGAAGAAGUAAAAGUAGUCAUGAUCUACUGAAGGAUGAUCCACAUCUAAGCUCAGUUCCUGCUGUCAAAAGUGAAGAAGCAAGUGAAGAAAGGGAUUUGAGUGAGGAUGAAGAAGAACAUGAUGAAGAUGCUGAUAGCGUAGAAGGAGAUGCUGCUAUCAAUGAGAGGUUUCAAAUAAAAGAACGUAUUGCCAAGAAGUUAAAGAUUGAUACAAGUGAAAAUGCUAAACAGCAGCUUCAAGAUGAAGAAACUAAGACAGAAAAGAAAACAACUAGUCGCAGUGAGGAGCUACGGAAAGAAGCACGACAGCUGAAACGUGAACUGCUGGAAGCAAAGCAGAAAAAAGAAGAAAAAGCUUUAAAACCUAAAGAAAAGGAAGAGGACGAACCUGCUCCAAACAGUGUUGUUGAAGAAUACCUCCAGGAGAAGAGAAAAUACGAAGACAAGCGGAAACAGCAGCCAAAGAAAGGGGUUUCUCGAGAAGAUCAGACACUGGCACUGUUGGACCGAUUUAAAUCAAAGUUAACCCAGGCAAUUGAAGAAACUCCUGAAAAUGAGGUUUCUGAACCUGAAGCAGAUAAUGACGAAGGAUGGAUGUCGCAUGUACUUCAGUUUGAAGAUAGAAGCAGAAAGGUGAAAGAUGCAAGCAUGCAGGACGAAGACACUUUUGAGAUCUAUGAUCCACGGAAUCCUGUAACUAAGAGGAGAAGAGAAGAAAGCAAGAAGAUAAUGAGAGAAAAAAAGGAAAGGAGAUAAAAAGAACGCAAAGCUACCCAGAGCUGCCUUGAAAAGUGACUGCAGUAAAGCACUGGCUCUUUUGUAAGCUGUAGUUCCUAAAAAUAUCACUGGGCAAGUGUGAAAAGGCAUCUCACAAGAACCUGUUGUGAGUUUUGAAGCAGAGCUAUCAUUUGUUUCUUAAGUUGUACUGUCAAGUGCUCUCAGUGCGUUCAUUAUCCAACCUCUCAAAACUUUUUUAGAAUUAUGUAUUUAAUAAAACAGCUGAUGACUUUUGUCUGUACUUUAAUUACAGGUCAUCAUCAUUCAGUGAACAUGGUAGUCAAAGUUUUCAACAUAUUGAAUGAGAAUUUGUUUAAAUAUGGGUGAAAUUAGAAGAUAGAAACCCCAUUUGCAGCUUUUAAGGUUUUCUGAAAGUUUAUUUUUAAUUAUUUUUACUGUUUUUGGAAAGGCAUAUAAACAUUAUAGGAGUAAAUACUGCUUGCCUGAACCACUCUAUUGCAGAAUUAAGGUGAGGCACUUGCAGAACUCCUUAGAAUGGUUCCCGUUUUCUUGAAACAAAGUUUAAUUUGAGAAUUGGGUUAUUUUCUCCUUUUGAAAUACAUAUUCCAAUACAGAUCUCAGCUUGGGAAGCUGGGAUAGUAAACAAUUCAGGGAGUGUUAUUUCACUAUCUGCACCACAUGAAGAAAAAGAGAAUCUAAUUGUACUGUAGUGGUUGCUUUAACAGUUGCAAUAGUAGAAACAUCCCUCUGGUAGAAUUUUCACUGUAAAGGAGCUGGUAAUCAGGAUGGGUUUGUUAAUUAGUCCACUCCAGAAAUGUAAAAAAAUAAAAUCAGUCUCAUUAGAAACA